AUGGACUCAAUCUCCAAUUGGGAGGACCUCAUCUCCUUGAAGCGCCUGGGGCCUGUUUCUUCUGGCCCCCAGGACGAAGACUUCUCUCUGUACUUUGUGGAUAAGAACUUCGACAAUUUGUUCAACGAAACGCUCCAUACAUUGCAAGAUCUUGAUGUACCACCCGGAUACAACCCAGCUGACCUUCCUCCACAACUGCACCAAGCUGUGUCUGCUCGUCACCUGCGUCAGCAUCUGAACGCUUCACCCUACCGGCAUUCGAAGAAGCCGAGUGGUACUGCCAUCUUUGGCUUUUUGGACCAUAACAGAGAGCUUUCGCUCUCGGGAACUAAUGCUGAUAUAUUCCGGUUGACCAAACCAAAUGAGACUACGAAGUCCAUCUCUCCAACACAACUCGCACGCUCUAAUCCGAUAGAGCGGUUGGGUCCUCCAGUGCUUAUGAAUCAGAACAGCAGACUGCCUCAGCCCGUAGUUGCGGAAGAAAAACAAGGAGGAGACGACAUUAUUGUGACAACAAGCAAUCCAAAAUCGUAUAAGUUUCCUCCGCUGCCUUCUCCUCCACCAACGGACGCAUUUGUCCACACAAAUGUGCCUUUGGAAACCAUCCAGCACCCAAUAGUUGGUGAUGAGACGUAUCCAGACGAGAUCGAUGAGAUUCUCGAUAUCCCAACUGACCCUUCGAGAAGGUUUGUUCCAAUACCGGUUCAGUAUCCAACCGCAGCGCCUAUCGUCGUGAACAGACUGCCUCAACAUGUACAACAGCAGGUACAACGGCCUCGUCCCCGCCACUGUUCACCGUCAAGAAGCCCCAGAAGGGCUUCGGUAUUAUAUGAAGAUACGUUCCUGGUGUCUGAACUGGAGCCUUUUUCGAUCCCAGAGUAUCCGGAAGAUACCUCUUACGCCUCUUACAAUCACUCUAGUAGAGUUCUGCCUGUCCGUAUCCGUCCAGAACCCCUCAAUUUGAACAUGAACGUAUUUAUGCCACCCCCUACAACGAGUCUGCUAAGUCACGACUCGCCGGAGCCUCAUAGUCCCCUGCCUCAAGCCUACUCCUCACCAAUUCAUCACAAGACUGGUAUCACAACUGCGCUGUCACCAGGCGUCAAGAGAGCCUUUUACAAUCCUCAAUUCUUUUCCGAUGAUACUGAUAACUAUUAUGAACUGCAGCCUCCAAUCAUGAGCUCGUCUCCGCCUAGAGCAAAUUCCAUUCAGUCAUCGCCUAUACGUCAACUCAAGCAAAUGACAGAACAGAAUCCUGAGGAUUCUGUAAGUGACAUCAAUGAGACUAUUCUUCAACUAACGCCUCUCCGAUCUCAACAACCAAUGACUCCUAGCCGCAAAAAGUUUACUCUAGAAUGGAGUCCUAUCAUCUCUCCAAACGGCAAGGAUGGUGAUGUAAAGAAGGCAAUUCAAGAGCUUUCGCCAAAACGAAUGGUGAAGAAAACUUCCUUGUUGCCUCCAGGUGAACUUGAUAGGUAUUGGGAAGGUCCGGAUGCCAACAAAAUCUUUACUUGCACCUAUGAAGGCUGUGGAAAGAAAUUCACGAGGCGGUACAACGUGAGAUCUCAUAUUCAGACACAUUUGAGUGAUCGUCCAUUCACUUGCAGCUACUGUCCGAAGAGCUUUGUCCGCCAGCACGACUUGAACAGACAUGUUAAGUCUCACAUGGUGACUAAGAACUGUCGGUGUAGAUGUGGCAAAGAGUUCACGCGAGUGGAGGGAUACAAAAAGCACUUGGCCAAUGGUGUAUGCUCCAAAGGCUACGACAAUGGAGGCGGAAUUUCUAAACCUGGCGCCCACCGCCCCAAACAAGAGACCGUGCUAGAUGGACUAACAUCCAACCGGUUGAAUGAGGAGUUGGGUCUCUCGUUGGGUUAA